AUGAUAAUACAGAAGAAUGAAGAAAAGGUGGAUACUUACGCAUAUCGGUUCAAGCAGUUGCUAAGACGCGUAAACUCGGAACAUCGCCUGCCGACUACAUAUGUCAUCCAAUUGUUCACUGGCGGAUUGAAAGAAGAGAUUGCAAGAAGAAAGGAGAGUAACCCAGCUAACGACGCCAUCAGCAGCCUAACGAAACAAGUACAAGAGAUGUCAUUAAAGCUGACCAUAAUGAUAAGAGAAAAGGAAAAUACUAGAAACCAGAGUUACCAACCCACCGGAUGCUUCAAUUGUGGAAGACAAGGACAUAGAGCCCGUGAAUGCUCCGAGCCGCCAAGGAGAAUGCCACCACAAGUUACCAACCUUCGUGAUGCGAACCUUUGCGAAGUAGAGAACAGCGACGACGAAGCUUACAUUGCUACUAGAUCACGACACCAGCCAUAUACCAUUAAUCGUCCUAAAAAGAGUGAAUUGAGUAAGGAACAUACUGGAAGAACUGAAGAGCGCACCCAAUCAACACAACCAGUAGAAAUGGAGAUCACGGCGGAACCUGCAAAAGAGAAAGUUAAGAAUGCCACGUCGCGAAUCAAGCGCCAAAGAGGACCGUCAAGAGCUAAUGCCACGUAUGCCCAACUACUACAAAUUCUGAAGCAACGACAGCACCUGGCACAAGUAUUGAAACGACCUAUCAUCACUCCCGCAGAAGUUGACUAUGUGGAAGACCAGCCUCAACGAACCUCAGCAGCUAGAUGUAAUAUGAAGAUAAGAAACAAACCAGUAGUAGCAGUAUUGGACUCUGGAGCUGCAGUGAGCAUUAUGUCAAAGAAAUUGUUUACCAAGCUCAGACUACAGAUUUCGGAACCAUCUAACGCUGUUGUCGUCACCGUGAACGGAACACGGGAAAGAGCUUUAGGAAAAUUGAAGGAUGUAGCAUUACAACUAGGAAGAAUCACUGUACCAACAAACUUUCAAGUUAUAGAAUCUACGGAAGAAAUGAUGCUAUUAGGAAUGAGUUGGUUUAAGAAGUUACAUGCACGCCUAUAUUUUGACGAACAAAAAUUGAUCAUUACCCAUGAAGGAGAAAGUAUAGAGCUACCUAUUUACCAAGAAAAAGAAGCUAAACUAGAGGAACCGGAAGAAGAGAAGAAAGAGGAUUACGAGGAAGAUGAUUAUUUCGACACAUAUGAGGAAGAAGAUUUAGAUGAAGUAGAAAGUUAUUUGACCGAUAAUCAGGAGGACUUAUAUACCAACCCAUGGAUCGACGAGCAGAGCCCGGCAGCAUAUUUGACGACAAUCGAAGAAGUUCCGACACUUGAAGAAACCAAACGACCCAUACAACCUCUGGAAGGAGUAAUAGAAGAAUUAGUAAAUAACAAAGUCAUCAACGACGACCAACGAAAGCAGGCUAUUCACUUACUAGAAGAAAAUAAGGAAGCCUUCACCGACGGAUUAGAUCAACUGGGACAGACUGACGAAGUACAGCAUGAAAUCGACACGGGAGAAGCGAAGCCGAUUAAACAACAUGUAUAUAGAGUAUCACCUA